UUUAUAUUGAACUUUUUCGCAUAUUAUGGUGCAUUGUGUAUCUAAUUAACUGUUUAUUGUGGUUUUUGGAGGUUUCAUUGAAUAAAUUGUCCAGAUGGCACAGCGUCAAGAUGUAUUAUGGCUCAAAGUCAUCCCAACACAAAGAUUGAGGAAUCAUUGACAGUGAAAACUAGUUGUUAUUUGAAUAAGGACGACAGUGGUUGUGAUACUAGCCCUGAGGAGAUCUUAACUGACAGCAAUCUACAAGAUACAGACAGUGAGAGCCAGCAUUCAGAGGCCAGCAAGCAGAAACAAACAGCCAACAGUCGGGCCAACUUGUCGAUCAAUCUCAGAUCGACUAACAAGAGCAAAGCUGACAGCCAGCUUUUACCUGAUGUCGGAAAAACGGGGACAUCUCCCACCACACAUUCCAACAUGAAAACCAAACAAGCUAAAGAAGAAACUGACAAGAGUAUCGAUGAGGACACCGUGAUAGAACCCAAGACUCGUGCCCGCAAGAAAGCUUCAGAUAUAAAUGAUGAUGACAAGAAAUCCUCGCCAGAGGAGCCUAAGACAUCCAAAGAAACUAAGAAACCCAUAGUUAAACCUAAAGCCGUUGUCAAGAAGAGACCUUUAGGCAUCAGAAAAACUCUAAGAAGCAAAAAAGCUAUUAUUGUCAAGGAAAAAGUAAAGUCUGUUAUAAAGCAAACUGCUAAAAGAGGAAGAAAGGCUGCUAUAAAAAUUAAUCCAGAGGAAACACAAGACAAAGAAACCGUCCCUUUGAUACCUGCCUCUGAAAUCAAAAAGGAGCCGAUUGAAGAUACAACUCCAAACUCAAGGUCCUCGAGCCCCAAGACAGCUGGCAGGAGACAGAGGCUCAGCUCCGACAUGGCCAUGAUGAAGACAAUGCUUAUUGACACUCCAAGCAGCCUGGUGCUGGGGCCACGCACCAGUCCUUACUCUAUGCGCUCUGAAAGAAGCAAUAGUCCUUCACUGUUUGAAGGUAAGAACCUUCGCAGUGGGAAACCAAGGAAAGUCAAGAACAACUUACUGAGUGAAGUUGUUAUCAAGGAACAGAAGAAAAGGCGUAGACUACAUUCAGAUUCUAAGGCUUCAGAUACAGCAGACACUCCAGAGGAUUGCAAGAAGUUAAAGAGGGGACGCUCCUGCUCUCGGGAUGGCAGUGAGAUAUCCAAGUGCUCGGACAACACUGAGUCUGACCUGAGCAUGAGUGAGACUCUCAAUGACACAGACAGCAAGGAGCUCAACAAAAAACUAGAUAAAUCUAAGACUGACCUAGAUGUAGAUAUUGAAAAUAAUGUACAGAUCUCGACUAUUGAAAAAGUGCCUUCUCUUAUUGUUGACUCCAAAUUAGCUGAAACCAAACAGGACCCCCUGGAGCCUAGCAUAAACGCAAAAGAAAAGAAACUGAGCUUAAACAGAAGUACUUCAUUAGACUCUGACAACAAUAAUAGUAAUAGGAUAAACAUAGACGAUUUAAAUUCAAAUGAAAUAGAAGAAAAAAUGAUAAUGAAGACUGAUAAUACGCUUUUCGAUGCUCGUAGUAGUAUAUUAACUAGUAUGUCUAAGACAUUCAACUCUAAGGAGAUGGUGAAGAACAUAAGGAAGGCGCGCAGAGGACGCAAAGUAAUGCAGGCGUCGCGGUCCGCGCCCCCGCCGGCGUCAGCCACCACCGCAACCGUCGCCACCGCCGUCACCUCCGUCACCGCCGCAGCCAAGAACUGCAUCCCCAGCACUAUCACGAACGACCCUGCCGAGGACAAGGUCGAGACCAUCGACACGCUCACUAAGGAGAUUAACGAUCUCAUCAACGACUUAGAUCAAAACAUCGAUGGUGACAUGGAGAUGUUGGCGGACAGCAAUGCAACCUCUACUCCUGACCAAUUGCAGACAAAGCCUGCUUCCAAGUUCUAUGGCCUAGCCAAACCUUUAAACAAUGGAGACAAUGUGCCCACUCCAGAGACACCCGUAAAAGACAAAGAUAUAUCUCCUAUCAGUAACGAGAACACGCCGUCCAAGAACGAUGAUGGUGAAAACAUAAGACUACACUAUGAGGAAGAUUCUGUUGAGAAACCUGUAGAUGGCGCCAAGCACGAAAUACCUUACAAGUGUAACACAGUCGCCAGCAUCGACAAGCUCAUGGAUAGACUAAAAGAAUUCGAAGAGUUCGAUAAGAGAAGACAAAUGGAGUCGAAGGCCACAGAUGGUGGUAAACCAAUGAUGGUGACAAAUGAUGUGGUACUUAUACCAAAGUCUGGUGACAUAAAACCCCUGAAAGACAUACAAUCUGUUCGCUCUCCUGAAAAACCAAUAGAAAAGGAGAAUGUUUUGAGUUGUUUUGAGAACAACUCUGCUAUUUCAAUAGUCAAGCGAGAUCAAGUAAGAAAAUCCACUGAUGUUGAUUUACCUAACUCAGUCACUCUUAUUAAAAGGAACAGUUUCAGCUCGAGGAAGGAGUCUACAAGUUCUAAUCAUUCACGAGAAGCUGAUGCCAUCAGCAUAUUUGAGAAGUCACUCGGCAAGGAUGUCACUUUAACAGAGAUUAAAAAAUCUGUAGAGAAAUCGGCGCCGCAGACUGGCACUCCGAUAGACCUACAUCAGUUCGCGACGCUGCACCCUAACAACCCGACCCAGAGUCUGGCGGGCGUCGUCUUAGAUUCCAGCCAGAUAUCUAUAACACCUCGUAUUUCAGAGUCUAAAAUUACCAAUGACGUUCAAAUUAUUAGCAAGAGGAAAUCGCGGGAGUCGAUGUCGCGCAAAUCAUCAGAAUCUACACUGGACACGGAAGAGAAGAUGGCGACGAUUGAGAAAAUCAAGUCUCCUUCACAUCACAGUGUAUCACCCGCCGUGUCCAUUACGCCGGCGCCAGUUGCCAUCAAGUCGCCUGAAGCCGCACCUGUAGAGACUGAAGCAUUGCCCCCACCGAUAGAAUCUAUGAAGACUAUCGAGGAUAUUUCUGCAUCAGAAGUACCUAAGGUGGAGGAGGCAACUAUUGUUCCUGAAACACCAAAGGAAGAGGAACCGAAGAUUGAGACUGCUAUCGCUAAGACUGACACUCCGGCAGAGACAGUCCCCGCAGCUCCUACUCCGCCUGAACCAGAACCAAUGGCAGUUGAAGAAACUCCUGUAGAAAAACCGGUUGAGACUAAAGACACACCUGUGGACAAUAAGACUGAAACAGUUACUGAUGCUAAGCCAGUGGAGCAGGAAGUGAAGCCAGAUAAGAGUCCAAAACCGAGUAAAUCAACGCGCAACUCGACUGAGUGCCAGCCAGGGCCAAGCAAUGCCUUGAAUGAAACACCUGAGAGUCAAAAGCGCAAGGAAAAUGUGCUCAGAACUCUUGGCUUACUUACCCACAAGGCUGCGAAGGAGGCGAAGAUUGAAAAGUUAAGAGAAAAGGAGAGGAUAUAUGGGUCUAACUAUGGUGGUAUGAUGUCUAACAAGAGUAAGGCAGCAAAGACUCAGGGAGACUACACUGGUACUUUGAAAACUGUAAUAAAGUUGAAUAGAGGGGCGGGAGACAAGAAGAAGCACAGGAGUUCCCUGAAGAUGACCUUCCAGAAGAGCAAGUACCGGUCCGGGAAGCCGACGCCGGAGGUGGGCGAGGCUGCCGCGGAAGAUGACGCCUACUACACCAUUGAGCGGCGCGAGGGUGCUCCGGGCGCGACCUCUGACGACACAGAGGCUGCUCCGGAGCCUGUGGAGCCGAAGGAGACCUUGAACCUGGUGAUCCCGGAGAAGGCGUCCUCGUUCAGCAUCCACCCUGGACGGCUGUGCAUGGACCAGUGCUUCUACUGCGGCGGCAAGUUCGGUCUCUUCGACACACCCUGUCACAUCGCUCAGAUCAAAAGCUCUGAGAGACAGAAGAAAAUUUUGGACAACGAAGAGAAGCUGACGAUAGACAGUUGUCUGUGCGACGCGUGCUACCGCCACGUGGACCGGCGCGCCAACUGUCCCUCGUACCGCAAGCGACCGCUGGGGAAACAGACCAUCGAUCCACCCAUCACAUCGCUGCACAACACCCAAACAGAGAAGCCCCCGAGUCCCCCGGUGGAGGAGGACAGCGAGGAGGAGGGCGCGGCCCCCGCGGUGAGCUCGGGCAGAGUGUCCGUCUGUCACACGGAGGGCUGCACCGCCGUCGCGGACCACUCCAUCCGACGCAAGUGGCUCAUCAAGAUGAGGAGCAGUGUCAACAAACUGUUGACCCUGAAGUGCGACUACCCGGGCCUGCACACGCUGCCCCUGUGCAGCGUCCACUACCGCGCGCUGGCCCCGCUGCUGGCCUGCAGACUGUGUCGCCGCAGGAUCACCAAGCACCACAACGUGCACUUCAUACACCACGUACGUACAUACUUGACACUCCACUACCGCGCGCUGGCCCCGCUGCUGGCCUGCAGACUGUGUCGCCGCAGGAUCACCAAGCACCACAACGUGCACUUCAUACACCACGUACGUACAUACUUGACACUCCACUACCGCGCGCUGGCCCCGCUGCUGGCCUGCAGACUGUGUCGCCGCAGGAUCACCAAGCACCACAACGUGCACUUCAUACACCACGGCUACACAGAGUUGAAUCCGUUCCUGAAGGCUGCCAACGUGCCGGUGGAGUUCAAUGAGCGUCCCGUGCUGUGCAAGACGUGUCGCUACUACUGCACUCUGCUGCAGCGCCCCGGACAUAACGACGCGUAUGCUACUGCAUACCGACGCAAAUUACUACAGAUCUACAACAUAGAAGUACCACCGACGUCAGAAAAUGACACAGAAGAAACACAAGAUGAGAGCAAACUCAAGAAGAAACCCAGACCAAAGUCCAAACAGAGGAAGUCCACAGAACCAGACAAAGUCGACAGUGAGUCCUCAGAGAGGACUAAUGAGAGCACUCCCGAGAAGGACAAGGUGAAGGAGGACAGUGAUGGCAAGGAACAACCUAUUGAAGAGGACAUAGAGAGCCUGAUCUCCUCGAACAAGAUCCUCGUACCCAACGCCAAGCCCAAUGACCCCAACCACCAAAGUGAUGGCUCCGAGGCAGACAUGCAAGACAUGGAGGCUCCCGUCCUACCCAUAGACAAACAGACAGAACUACAAUACUUAUUACAGAAACAGAACAACCCCGCACAGUUCCUCCCCAAACCAAACCUCACAGGGAAACAAAGGAACAUUCUGAAAGUACACAACCUGUCCGGCAUUCAGAAACCAGGCAGCCAACAGAGAAUACUAGAGAAGAAUGCCAAGAGAAUACAUAAGUUGGGACAAGUUCUCACACAAAAGGACAAGUCGAAGAGUGACAAUGAGGAGGAGAGAGUUAGGGAUGGCAUUCCCAUACUCAAGAACAUCUCAUUGAAUGAAGAGUGCACCAUAGAGACUAUCCCUAACAAGAGACCUGCUGAUAUAAACACCCUAAAGAACAAGUGGCAGAUGUCUGAAAGCUUCACACAGGUCAAGAAGAACCUGAGUGAGUUGUCCAAAAACAAAGAUCAUAAAAAGGGAUCUGAGGCCAGGUACUCCAAUCCUGUGAAGAGGCUGGAGACUAAUCCGUCGAUAUCAGUCCGUGAACUGUUCCCAGGUGAGGAGGAGAUGAACUUACAGUGUAACAUAGAGUUCAACAAUGUGAAGGGAGUCACCCCUGAAGGAUGGGAGAAGUGCAACACUAUGAUUCAGUAUGAUGUAGAGACCAAGAAGCUUUGGAAUGAGCUCCAGCGGCCGUACGGUAACCAGUCGUCGUUCCUACGUCACCUUAUUCUGUUAGAGAAAUAUUUUAGAAGUGGUGACCUGAUCCUAUCGCAUAACGCAUCCCCUCACGCGGCCACGUACAGUGACUCCGUGCAGAGCAGAUUGCGCGCGUACGACAACGUGGUCACAGACGCUCCCAGACGUAGCGAGCCCGCAAUAAGCCUCAUUGAGUUUAGGAAGAAACCUUCACUCAAUGGCAAGAGUUUGUUGAAAACUAGCCACAGUGAAGGGGAAAAAGAAAGCCAUAAAAAGUUUAUGCCGCCUCCUGGAGUAUUGCCCAAGCAAAAAUCGAAGAGUGACAAGUCUAAGUCGAAGCCGCUACCUCCCGAGUUGAUAGCGAUCAACACACCGAACGCCCAGGGGCGCAAGGCGAUACAGAACGUGCUGCACAACAUACAGCAGCUCGUGAAGGGAGUGUCCGCCUCCGACCCCACCGAGGUGGCGGCCGCCCCCCUGCCCCCCGCCCCGCUGCCCCCUGUAGUGACGGACAUUGUGCUGUGA